AUGGAUGCUGCAUCUUUCAUCAAGAGUGUUCAUGCCGGGUUGCGUCAAAAGUGGCACGAAGGGCACGAAGAUUUCGAUAAUAUCUGGCAAGAACAUUGCAAUCAAAGUGAUACCCUUCAAAAAUAUGCCGCUGCUAUGCAUCAUUUAGCUGUCGAUAACUGGCAACGUCUUGGGGAACCACAAGAAGAAAAUCGAAUUUUUUGGUGCAAAAAUGUAAUCAUGGAAUAUUACUUUAAUGGAAUUCUCCAAAAAAUUCUAACCAAGCAAGCUCGCCGGUUAUUUUACCUUGAAAAUGGCCAAAAUAUACAAUCUUCGAUGAUGAACGCUUUUGUGUCUAAGGAAGUUGCCAACCAGGUGGCAAUAAUACAAAGAUCGUUUAUAAACUGUGAUAAAGUCAAAUUAUUAGAUGUUGGAAGUUGUUAUAAUCCAUUUGCCGAAUUUUCUCAGAGUUUUGUAACAACGGCAAUCGACUUAUGUCCUGCAGAUAAGUCUGUAAUACAGUGUGACUUCUUAAAUGUGGCAAUUAAUGAAGCUGAACUCUCUGAACAAACCAACGACGGUGUAACUUGUGCAGAAUGGUUAAAAUCGAAUCAGUUACAGGCCAGAUAUUUUCAUGUUGUUAUUUUUUGCCUACUAUUAUCAUACUUUCCAUCGCCCGUUCAGCGUUGGAAAUGUUGCAUUCACGCUCAUCGACUACUAAUGCAAAAUGGCUUGUUACUAAUAAUUACACCAGAUUCGAGUCACCAAAAUCGUAACUCAAAAAUGGUAAAAAGUUGGAAAACUGCCAUUGAAUCAAUAGGUUUUACUCGAUGGAAGUAUGUAAAACUUGAUCACUUGCACUGUAUGGCAUUUCGAAAAUCGUGCGAUGUUACUAAAAAUGAUAAAGAUAAAUUUGCUUCGUCAAUGUAUAUACCUCAAGACUUUAAUGACUUAACUGUACAUAAUAACACGAUAUGUAAUGAUGCAAAUGCUGUAAGUUGCAGCGAUGAUACCAAGGUGCUUGCAAGAUGUAUUUCAUUGCUUCUGAAGGGUACGGUAUUAUAUCAUAAUCCGAAAAAUGAGCAGUCUUAUAUUUAG